AUGAGACUACCCCCUCCCGGAGUGUCAAGGUCCUCUCGGCCACCUCCGCCUCCGCAGCCAACUCCGGCUGUGACGUACAGCAUGCCUGCCAUUCCGGCAUACCGCCUGCCCUCGAUCACGGUCCACAACAUGCCCACCAUCAGGGGCCGUGAACCAGACCUCGAAGAACAAGUAAGGGAAUUGAAGAGGCAGCUUGACCACAUGAACGAGACCUUCGCACCACUGGUCCUCAGCACGCGCAACCUGCGAGACCGCAUCAUGGUCCAGGAGCAAAUGGUCGACAUGAACAGGUCGACCCUGAUGGUCAGCCUUGCCAUCUCGCGCAGAGCGGCUGCGACCGAGGAGCAGCUCCGACGGGAACAACAGCAGUUCCGGAAUCUGCUUGGAGCCUUACCACCACCACACUCAUCUAUCCAGAUCCGGGAACCACGGCGCGCGCAUCAAGGCGGCCCCGCGCCUGAUCUGCCCCCGCCGGCUGUCUGGCUACCCCCGGGUCCCCCGCCACAACUGUGCUACCCAGGCCGGGCUGUUGCCCAAUCCGACCUGGUCAUGGUCCACGUCUGGUAUCUACGUCUCGGGCACGGUGCGGUCCUCGGCCGCUACAACGCCCAAGACUAUCGACGUGACAUGCUCGGCCGCAACCGUAUCGAAAUCCGUGACAGCAUGCCCUUUGGCUUUCUCCAGGGUUGGGUGCUGUCCCAUACGGAUGAGGUGUUCGGCCACUUCAUUCCCGAAGUCGCACAGCCCGGGUGGCCCUUGCAACUCAAGAUCCACAACAAUCCGGGCCAAGGAAUCUUCAUCGCCACCGUUGUCCAUGACCAUCGUGGCCUGCGCCCAUGCCAUGACAGCGAUAUUCUGGAGCUCUUCCAACCUACAGAGGUUGUGGACCUGCUUGACAUGUUGUUGCUGUUCUGGGAGACGGCCGACAUGGUUUACAAGUCACGCGACCUCGGCAUUUCUGCCGACGAAAUGAUCGAGUACCGGGUGCGGCUUGACCAACUCUGGGAAGAUACCUCCGUGACCAUCUCUCGGGCCCUCGAUGCCUAUCCAUGGCGUCAGAAGGUGCUUGAUGAGGUCAGGUCGCAUCAGAGGGCAGUCUCCCAGACGGUGGUGGGCACCAUUAUUGCCGUGGAUGCUGACCGGGCGUGGAAGCGGAUGCUCGGUCUCCUGAUGCAGGCUCGGCCGACAGUUGUAAAGGCCGAGUACGUGUUGCGAGGUAUCAUCAGCCACGAAUCGUCGCGGGGAGAGUCUCUCAACACUGAUCUGGUGGAGAUGUUUCCCAAUCCGUUUGUCGAGGAGCUGCUGGGCGACAACGGUGAUGCCGUGAUAGACAACUCUGAGCCACCCAUGGAGAUGGAGACGGAGGACGAGUACGAGUGA